AUGAGGAAGAAGAGCGAGCAAACGAGGUCUGUAGUGGAGGAGGGAGCGACACGUCCACUGGGCGUCGAUGCGAUGACACAACUGAGCGGACACGAAGCUCAGCCGUAUAUUUACGUGAGUCAGUGGAUCAUCCGCACGGAACGAAAGGUCACCAACACGUGCACGUGCGUGGACACUGUCAGGGCUUAUCUCUGCAUCGACUGCGAUUCGCAUAAUCCACACUGGUGCGAGGUCGAUGUGGAUGAGGACAAAGUGACAAGACCAGGUGUCACCUUCCUUCUGCAUGUGAUGUCGUUUCAUGCCGCUGGCUCCAGUGGGGGAUUACGUUCGCGGUCUUCCACCCUUGUCGAUAACCAUGCCGAUUAA